AUGGCGUCCCACAUUGUUGGCUACCCUCGCAUGGGCCCCAAGAGGGAGCUCAAGUUUGCCUUGGAGUCUUUCUGGGAUGGGAAGAGCAGCGCCGAGGAUUUGGAGAAGGUUGCUGCCGACCUCAGGGCCAGCAUCUGGAAGCAGAUGUCAGAGGCUGGGAUUAAGUACAUUCCCAGCAACACCUUCUCAUACUAUGACCAGGUGCUUGACACAACGGCCAUGCUUGGUGCCGUCCCGGACCGCUACUCAUGGACUGGCGGAGAGAUUGGCUACAGCACCUACUUCUCAAUGGCCAGGGGCAAUGCCACUGUCCCUGCUAUGGAGAUGACCAAGUGGUUUGACACUAACUACCACUUCAUUGUGCCUGAAUUGAGCCCAGCAACCAAGUUCUCAUAUGCUUCACACAAGGCUGUCUCUGAAUACAAGGAGGCAAAGGCGCUCGGUGUUGACACUGUUCCAGUGCUUGUUGGACCAGUCUCAUACUUGCUGCUCUCCAAGGCAGCGAAGGGUGUGGAGAAAUUAUUCUCUCUUCUUUCACUUCUUGAUAGCAUUCUUCCCAUCUACAAGGAAGUUGUGGCUGAGCUGAAGGCAGCUGGUGCUUCAUGGAUUCAGUUUGAUGAGCCCACCCUUGUUAAGGACCUUGCUGCUCACGAAUUGGCCGCGUUCUCUUCAGCAUAUGCUGAACUCGAAUCGGCACUCUCUGGAUUGAAUGUGCUUACUGAGACAUACUUUGCCGAUGUUCCUGCUGAAUCUUACAAGACCCUCACAUCAUUGAGUGGCGUGACUGCCUAUGGUUUUGAUCUUGUUCGUGGAACUAAGACACUUGAACUUAUCAAGAGCGCUGGUAUCCCAUCUGGGAAGUACUUAUUUGCUGGUGUUGUAGAUGGAAGGAACAUCUGGGCUGAUGAUCUUGCUGCAUCUCUCAGCACUCUCCAGUGUCUUGAGGCUGUUGUUGGCAAGGACAAGCUUGUGGUGUCCACCUCCUGCUCUCUGAUGCUAUCAAGGAAGAAAUUAGCAAGGUUGUCAAGAUCCAAGAGGAGCUUGACAUCGAUGUGCUCGUCCACGGAGAGCCUGAGGAAUUUGCUUAAGCAUAUCAGAAAUGACGUGGUUGAGUACUUUGGCGAGCAAUUGUCUGGUUUUGCAUUUACUGCCAAUGGAUGGGUGCAAUCCUAUGGAUCACGUUGCGUGAAGCCACCGAUCAUCUAUGGUGAUGUCAGCCGCCCCAACCCCAUGACAGUCUUCUGGUCCAAGAUGGCUCAGGACAUGACCCCUCGCCCAAUGAAGGGAAUGCUGACUGGUCCUGUCACAAUCCUCAACUGGUCUUUUGUCAGGAACGACCAGCCAAGGUUUGAGACAUGCUACCAGAUUGCUCUUGCCAUUAAAAAGGAGGUUGAGGAUCUCGAAGCUGGUGGUAUUCAGGUGAUCCAGAUCGAUGAGGCUGCUCUAAGAGAGGGUCUGCCACUUCGCAAGUCGGAGCAUGCUUUCUACUUGGACUGGGCUGUCCACUCAUUCAGAAUCACCAACUGCGGUGUGCAAGAUACCACUCAGAUCCACACUCACAUGUGCUACUCCAACUUCAACGAUAUCAUCCACUCCAUCAUCAACAUGGACGCCGACGUCAUCACCAUUGAGAAUUCCCGCUCCGACGAGAAGCUCCUGUCGGUCUUCCGCGAGGGCGUGACCUACGGAGCCGGCAUCGGCCCUGGCGUCUACGACAUCCACUCCCCCAGGAUCCCCGAGGAGAUUGCCGACCGCGUCAACAAGAUGCUUGCGGUGCUCGACACCAACAUCCUGUGGGUGAACCCUGACUGCGGCCUCAAGACCCGCAAAUACACCGAGGUGAAGCCCGCCCUGACCAACAUGGUUGCCGCGGCCAAGCUCAUCCGCACCCAGCUCGCCAGCACAAAGUGAAGAGCCACGAAAGCG